CUGACUGACAGCGGCUCUCAUUUACUGUCUGUAGGCUGGAAACACACGCGUUUGAGUGCCAUGCCGAAUAAACCCAAGAAAGAGAAGGAUUCACCAAAAUCUGCAAAAGUGGGUAAAACAGGAGGGCAGGAGAACUCAGAGCAUGAGGGCCCGAAUAAGAAGGGCGCUAACAGCGUCCCACCCGCCACACAGCUGCUGAAGGGCAAAGCGUCCGGAUCUCAGGCUCCGCUGAAGAAGGAGAAGCGUCCGAGCUCGUCUCGAUUCAGUCUGAGCAACAAUCGAGAGCUCCAGAAGCUGCCUGCGUUUAAAGAUGCUGAUAUUUCUAUGAUGAAAUUCGAGAUGGUGGAGUACCUCACUCACAACAGGAGCGUCAUCACCGAGCCCAUCUAUCCUGAGGUGGUGCAUGUGUUUGCAGUCAACAUGUUUAGGGCGUUGCCUCCAUCAUCCAACCCAACCGGCGCAGAGUUUGACCCCGAGGAGGAUGAACCCACGUUAGAAGCGGCCUGGCCUCACCUGCAGCUCGUCUAUGAAUUUUUCCUGCGUUUUUUAGAGUCGCCAGACUUUCAACCAAACAUAGCCAAGAAAUACAUCGACCAGAAGUUUGUGUUGCAGCUCCUGGAGCUGUUCGACAGCGAAGACCCUCGAGAGCGUGACUUUCUGAAGACGACUCUCCACCGCAUCUACGGGAAGUUCCUGGGUCUCAGAGCUUACAUCAGGAAACAGAUUAAUAACAUUUUCUGUAGCCUCAGUCAUGACGUCUCUGUAACGAUUCUCUUUUCCUCCAGCAUCAUUAACGGCUUCGCCUUACCGCUGAAAGAAGAGCACAAAAUCUUCCUUUUAAAAGUUUUGUUACCUUUGCAUAAAGUCAAGUCCCUCAGUGUUUAUCACCCACAGCUGGCUUACAGUGUGGUUCAGUUUCUAGAGAAGGACAGCACACUUACUGAGCCGGUGGUGAUGGCUCUUCUGAAAUACUGGCCAAAGACUCACAGUCCAAAGGAGGUGAUGUUUCUGAACGAGCUGGAAGAGAUUCUGGACGUCAUCGAGCCGUCAGAGUUUGUUAAAGUCAUGGAGCCCUUAUUCAGACAGCUGGCUAAAUGCGUCUCCAGUCCACACUUCCAGGUUGCGGAGCGAGCUCUCUACUACUGGAAUAAUGAGUACAUCAUGAGUUUAAUCAGCGAUAACGCGGCGAGGAUCCUGCCCAUCAUGUUCCCCUCACUGUACCGAAACUCCAAAACCCACUGGAACAAGACGAUCCACGGGCUGAUCUAUAACGCUCUGAAGCUGUUCAUGGAGAUGAAUCAGAAGCUGUUUGACGACUGCACACAGCAGUUCAGAGCCGAGAAGAACAAAGAAAAGGCCAAGUGGAAAGAGCGCGAGGAGGCGUGGAUAAAGAUCGAGAAUAUCGCCAAGUCAAACCCACAGUUUCUCAUGCACAUCGACUCCAGCAGCCUCAGCAGUCCGAUGGACAUGGAGACAGACGGGCCGAUCAUUGAAGAUGUCAUGAUGCUGAAGAAGACCGUAGAAGAAGAAGCCACUCAUAUCCACAGAGACCAGCAUAGAGAGCGUCCCCUGAUGCGACGCAAGUCCGAGCUGCCUCAGGAUAUGUCCACCGGGAAGGCCCUGGAGACGCACCGGCGAGCCGAGGACAUGAUCGACGCCCAAGACGGCCACUAGAGGGCCACAGACGCCCAAAAAGCCCAGUCCAGUGUGACCCACAAACACACACACGAACCCGUUCUGGCCUCCAGAACCAACCGCGCCGGAGCCCAUCCCACAUCCAGACCCCAGUCUAGUCCCUUCUCAUCUGCUUCAAGCUGAACCGCAGAUGGUUUUUGGCCAGAGCGCUUGCAUUCGGCGCGAGCAAACGAUUCUCAGGUUGCCGCGGUCAGAUUUCGGUCUCCUUGGUGGUUUGCGUCUUUUGUGUGACGCUUGGCUUCGCCUAGAUGUGCAUUUCGCAUUUGAAGAACGAAACGAAACCCUUUCCGUUCUUGUCCAAACACUUUGGCAAUAAGUUCGUCCUGGGAGAUUUUGGUUGUUCAAACAAUGGUGAAUGGCCUUAUGGUGGUUAAUCAGUGUUUAGAUGAGCAUGAAAGCUUUUGAACAGGCUAUAGAUACAGAGCGAAUUUAGGCCACGCCCACACAAUCCAACGCUCUCCAUUGACUUUCUAUUGCGGGAAGCUGCCUCCGUGUCAUUUCUGACUUCUAACAAAAAACGGAGCAAAGCUGCUGUGUGACGAGGUGUACAGCAAACAAGCUAAAAAACCCAGAACUAAGUUUUUUAUAAGCUGUCGACACAAAAAAACCCUAAAAAUAGUUGUAGAUGUCGGAGUAUUUCACGUUGGGCCGUUCAGUUGGAUCAUUUCUCAAACAAAGGGAAGAUUAGGAAAAGGGGCACUAAACCAAUUAAAUUUAGUUUCUUAAUACAUCUCCUCCUCUCAGAUUCACAUAGGGUGGUGAAAUAAUCCUUU